CAUUUGGAUGCAUAUGCGCAGAAAUGUUGCUACUAAAUCCACUUUUUUCUUCUGCAGAUCAGUCGGAUGCCCACCAGGUACUCCAUAUGAUUGAGAUAUUAGGUACUCCAUCAAGAUCCGAGUUAAGACGGAUCUUAGAAAACGCUCCGUGUAGUUCAAUAGCACGUCAACUGGAGAUACUGUUCCAAUCGAUUUAUUCCAAAGGGACAUUGCGUACAAUUCUGACCGAUGUAGCAAAAGGGAACUCUAGCAUGAUGACUAUUGCUAACGUAGCUUACAACCUACUGAGAUGGUGCCCGGAAGACCGCAUAUCCAUGGAAGAUGCUUAUAAAAUGCUUACAGCGGGUCUUACGCGUUGUGUAUGACUAGGA